CAUCCGGUCACGUGCGCAGCGGUGCCGGCGCGGCGCGAUGCGGGUGAAGGUGCUGAGCCGCAACCCCGAUGACUACGUGAGGGAGACCAAGCUGGACCUGCAGCGCGUUCCAAGGAACUAUGACCCUGCAUUGCAUCCAUUUGAGGUUGCACGAGAGUACACAAGAGCUCUGAAUGCCACAAAGCUAGAACGUGUGUUUGCAAAACCCUUUCUUAGUUCACUUGAUGGCCACAGAGAUGGCGUUAAUUGCAUGGCCAAACAUCCAAAAAGUUUGUCUACUGUGCUGUCUGGAGCCUGUGAUGGAGAGGUUAAGAUUUGGAACUUGACCAGACGACAGUGUAUCCGCACGAUACAAGCCCACGAAGGCUUUGUUCGAGGCAUGUGUGCCCGUUUCUGUGGCACAUCAUUCUUCACUGUUGGUGAUGACAAAACCAUAAAACAGUGGAAAAUGGAGAGCCCAGAAUAUGGAGAAGAAGAAGAACCUAUUCAUACAAUUCUUGGAAAGACAGUGUAUACAGGAAUUGAUCACCACUGGAAGGAGCCUGUUUUUGCUACCUGUGGCCAUCAAGUGGACAUUUGGGAUGAACAAAGGACAAGCCCCAAGUGUUCUCUGACUUGGGGUUUUGAUAGCAUAAGCAGUGUAAAAUUUAAUCCCAUUGAGACUUACCUUUUGGGAAGCUGUGCUUCUGACAGAAAUAUUGUGCUGUAUGAUAUGAGAAAAUCAACUCCAUUAAAGAAGGUUAUCUUGAACAUGAGGACAAAUACACUGUGUUGGAACCCUAUGGAAGCUUUCAUUUUUACUGCAGCCAAUGAAGAUUACAACUUAUAUACUUUUGAUAUGCGCUUUCUUGAAUCACCUGUGAUGGUGCACAUGGAUCACGUGUCUGCUGUCCUUGAUGUGGAUUAUUCACCCACUGGGAAAGAAUUUGUGUCUGCCAGCUUUGACAAGUCCAUCCGCAUUUUUCCUGUAGACAAAGGUCACAGCAGGGAGGUUUAUCAUACCAAACGAAUGCAGCACGUCAUCACUGUAAAAUGGACUUCAGAUAACAAAUACAUUCUGUGUGGCUCAGAUGAGAUGAAUAUUCGCCUGUGGAAAGCUAAUGCCUCUGAAAAACUGGGAGUGCUUGCGCCCCGAGAGAAGGCAGCCAUGAAUUACAAUCAGAAGCUGAAGGAGAAGUUCCAGUUCCACCCGCAGAUCCGGCGCAUAGCUCAGCACCGGCACCUGCCCAAGAGCAUCUACUGCCAGAUCAAGGAGCAGCGCAUCAUGAGGGAGGCUCGGCGCCGCAAGGAACUGAAUCGUCGUAAGCACAGCAAGCCAGGAUCCGUGCCCCUCGUGCCAGAGAGGAAGAAGCAUAUUGUGGCAGUAGUGAAAUAAUUGUUUUCACAUGUACAAAAUGCCACAAUGAAAGAAAAAUGUCACUAUUGAAAUAAUACACUGUACAAAUUUGAUGGACUUUGGUAAGACAGCAUGUGGUUCCAGAAACAUGACUUUUCUUCCAAGUUUGUUCAUCCUCUGACUUCUCAAGUCAUCAUCUGUUUUGAGUAGUUAUGAGAAUUUUCCCUGUAAUAUUUUUUGUCAUUUGUCUGAUUUUACUGGCCCAACACUGCAUAUUGCAGUGGAGUUUGACCCUUUUGAUACAAGCAGAUAACUUGGUGGAGAAUAUCUGUAAUUCCAGUUCUAUUCCUUGGUACUGUUACUACAAAAAAGGGAUAAAAUCAGUUAAUACUUGUCAAAGCAAAAAAAAAAAAAAAAGUUACAAAAAUUAUUGUCCUUAUGUUGUCCAUUUUAAAAAUUUUUAUUUAAACAAAUUUAAUAAAGUGACCUUAAGCAAUGGACCAGAUUUUGAUUAUUUCAACUGAUUAUUCUUAAUGUCUACAUUAUACUUCUUACAAUACAAUGAAUUAUUUUUCUUUUAUCCAGAAAGAAAUUCAACAGGAUUUUCAGACAUCUGUAAAUAUUUAUAGUUUUGCUCUGUUUUUUUAACUGUUGUUGUAUAAGCUGACCAAAUUUCAGACUGUUAAGUUGCUAUAUUAAUAAUUAGUUAGUUGAAUAAUUUUUUUCUCUUUAAAACUUGCAAAAUCUGGAUUUAAAAAAUUACAUAUGUUUUAUAAACCACAGAAACUCCUUUGUAUGAGAUUCAUUAUAAGCUUUCUCUUUUACAUUUAUAGAAGAAAAAUGGAAGUUUCAGACUUUACAAGGUAACUGUAUCCCAAAGUUCCUUUACAGUUUGCCUGGGAAACACCCUGUUUCUCUUCCCAUGCAAUAAACAGCCUUUUAUUGAAGUUGCCAAGGUGAUGAGAAAACUCUGCUGGAAUGAAACUAGGCUGUCUAGACUGAAGAGAGAUAUGAGAUAUGUAAUAACUGUAAUGUUGCUUAACAUCAUCUGUACAAAAUGCUCUUUUUAAGUCUUAACACUACAGUGUGUAAUGAUACUCCCCUUACCCUGAGCUUAUGCACAAAAAAAAAAAGGUGAACUCAAUUAGAGUAAACUUAAUUUUUUUUUUAAUCUGGAAAUUGAGCACUUUGAGCACUUGCCUUCAUAUAGUAUCCUGUUUAAUGUUUCUGCUGACACUAAUCCAUAUGCAUUUCUGGUUCUUACUCUUUAACUUGUCUCUUGCAGUACUGUUUGGGCAAGAUUCCUGAAUCAUCAUGGCAAAGUUAUGGCUCUUUGGUGAUAAGAGGCCAUAAUGUAUCUUUGACUCUCUGGAUCGCUUACCUUUAUGGGGUGAUGCAGGAAGAGAAGCAGAUCUGAAGAGCUAUAAGUAGGAUGAUGAGAAGUAGUGGAACAGAUCAGGAAAUAGGCUGAUGCUGGCUGUGUGCCUGUUGUACUAAUACAGUGCACUCUGUGCCAAAUACAGUUUAUUUUCUUCCUGAAAUAUUGAAAAAAUUGAGGGAGAAUAUGCAGUCCAAAAUAUGGCUUGUGACACAGCUGUAGUCAAGUCUUGCACGAUUUGCAAAACCAGACUAAUCUCCUGAAAUGUGAUUAAAAAUUUUCAGCCUUGUCAGUUCUGCGUGAGUUGAAGCCGUUGAUUAUUGAUUUGUUGAGUCACGGUAACCCCUGGUGUGAACAAGCCCUGCUGCUUGGAAUUUAUUAGCUCUGCUGCAGAACUCUGAAUGUAGUGAGAGCUUUCAGUUGUGGAGUUGGUUAGGUUGUGAUGUGGCAUUGGUGUGGAGCAGUGGGUGUGAGCCGUGUCCCAAGGAUCUCCUCAUGUUCUAACACCUUUGUGAACUGCUGCUUCCAGAGAGAAUCCGAGUGGUGCAACUCAAAUGAUCAGGGUAGGCUAAAAAUUACUAGGAAGAUUGUAACUAUGCUGUAAAAAGGAAUUUUAAUGUUAGGAAAGUACUCAGUCUGUGUGUUCUGAAGGUUAUGAAUUCCUUCUCCAAAAUCUGUGGAUGUAGUUUGACACAGAGAUUUGUCUUGUCAUCAAGUGGGGCACCCUCUUACCAUUCCAGGAAAAAGUCUGUUUUCCAGAGUCAAGUCUUGCUGUGACUUAUUGAAACAUGCUAGGUGCAAAAUCAGUGUAGGUCUGAGCUGGGACUUUCUGCUUGGAAAUCAGUUAAUUGGAGUUUUGUACGGAUAUUCUUUCCGUUCAGAGGAUCCAUGGCAAUGGAUUUGUAUGCUGUUGGGCCAUCUGCUGUUGAUUUAUCCCUUUUGGAAACUCUUACAGUUUGUAUCUGGUGCUUUUUGUGGUCAUCCACCUGAAGUACAUAAUGCAACAACACUGAAAAACAUUUAUGUAAAUGUAGUAGUUGCCAGGUGGUAGCUGUGCUUGCAAGAGGUGCUCAUGUAAGUCUGUUACAGGCCAUUGCUGAAAUGGUUUAGAAAUUAAAAUAAAGGAGCAGGAGCCCUUAAUAAAUUUUUAUUUGGCAGGGGUUUUUAUUAUUUUUUCCCUUCAGUGAUUUGAGGGGUGUAAUCAGACCUCGUCUUAAUCACCUUAAUGGUGCUGCCUAGAUUAUCAAAAUGACUGUAUGUAGAAAGACUAUGGAUACAUGCAUCUGCAUGUAUGUGUACCCAAGUGUAUGCAUAGUAAAAUCAUUAGUACCACAUAAAAUACUGAAAAUCAAAGGAAACUGGUAAUGUUUCCCUUCAAAAUUUUGGUGGUGUUGAUUCAAGAAAAAAAAGGAAAAUGACAUUAUUUUCUAAACCAAUGCCUACAGACCUGCUAAUUAAAAAAGCCCCCAGACUUCUGUGUAUGUUCUUUCUUUGGGAAGAUACCUAAGAAGUGGUUUGAAAGAAAAAUAAUUUCUUUAUUGCAUAAAUACUUAGAACAGUAUUCAUAGCAUUGGUGAGUUCAUAGCCUUGGUGUUUCAUGAUAAAACAGCUAUGGAGUCAUCAAUGUUUUAUUUCUAUUUCAUCAUACCCAAAUUAUGUCAUGAAACAGAUAUUUGAAUAAAGCAAUUUUUUUUACUCUCCAUAUGUUACAGAUACCUAAAACAAACUAAAUGACCACUCAGGUAUGUGGAAAUAUAUAAACCUUUAGACCAACUGAAAAUUUCAACAGGAGGGUUUUUUGCCUGUGUCUGCAUGACUCUUCUUCACUUUGCUCAUGAUAACAAUACCUUAGCCAUACCCUGGCUUUUGGGAUGAGGGCUUUUUUUAGUUUCCCCUCCCAAGUCAGAGGACCCCAGGCUGUUGUGAUUCCUAUAUCAGCAAGCUUGUAACAAUAUAAAACAAUAGCUGUGUGCACACCUACACACAAUACAAACAAUAAACACUGCCAGGCACAAAUCCCAGGGGCAGAGUGCAGUGCCUGUAUUGGCACCUGUGUAAACACAGACCGGGCUGGGUGUUGCUGCUCCUCCCUCUUCCUCCUGCGGCUGGCCAGGCUGAGCCUCACCUCUGGGUGUGCCCGCAGCUGCACUGGGGCUCUGGUGGCUGCUCUGGGGACACUCCAGCAGUGACUGCCAUGGUUCCCCUUUGCAGGCCCCUGGACCUUCGAGGGCCUUGGCCAUGUGGUCCUGCUCCAGUGGAUCAUGCUCCUGUUGUCCUGCUUGUGGGCUAGUCUCACUUGAGGUUUGCUAGCCUUGACAGGUACAUGCACACAAGUCUAGUUGGAAAUAGGGUGCAAUACUAAUAUGGGAUGGACUGCAGCACUGCAGUGUAAUUGGUAAGCUGUCCACAUGGGACUGGUCCCCUUUAUCCUCUUUGUCCUUGGUUUUCCUAUGCCUUUUUAUCUCCAGUCUACUUCAUUCACUCCCUUUACACACUUUUCGUGGUUACCUUAAACAUCCCAGAGGAAGUUUGGCACAAUGCAAUCCACUAAAAAAAAUAAUCCUCCAAUAAAUUUUACACACUCCCUAAAUUCAUACUCCUCUGAAGUUUUACAAUCUUUAGAUAAUCCCUCAGUUUGCAGAGUUUUCUAGGGAGUUUCCUACACUUGUUUAGUGGGUUUUGCACUAGGAGCAGUCAUCUGUAUCGUUCCCCUUCCAUAUUUUUUGGAUUGGUGAGUCUGUGCACUUGGUUUUUCUAAUUGUUCAGAUCCUUGCCAUGGCUUUGUGUUUAAUUGGUAACCUUUAGUCAGGUAACAUGCUCUGUUAUAUGGAAGUAUCUCUGCAGUUCUUUCCCAGUGACUGGACCAAGAAUGUGGUGGAGGCAGUAGAUUUCAUCUUGCUUAACUUUAGAUAUCUAUAUGCAGACCUAGUGCACAGCUUUGCAUACCUGAUCUGUACUCGAUGGGGGUAAAUGCUUAUUUCAAGAGGUGUUUGUUUCAUGCUUCAGGCAUUUGUAUUUUAGUUAAACUUGAUUUUUAUACUUAACAUUAUGAUGUGAAAUAUGACCAUUUAACUUAUGAGUAUCUGUCUAGGUUUGGACACAAUUUUACACAGAGGCAAUGAGGUUUAAGAUGAGCAGAACCAGUGACAAACGAACACCUUGUGUACCUUCUGCAAUUCUGCACCUAAAAGUCUAAAAAUGUUUGAAGAGAGAUGAAUGAGAUUUUGUAACUGAAGAUAAAUUUCUAUGGAUAAUGGUUUGUGGGAAACAAGCUCAGUGUUAAACUAGAGAAAGAUGGAAAGGUGUUUGAAGAAGAGGGACUUUAAUUAGAAAGAAAAGACUGUGAUGUUCUCACCCAAGACUUCUGGGGCCUUAGAAGGUAUGUGAAGAAUUCUAGCACAAAAUCAAAGAUCAUAGUUCAAAUACCACCAAGUAAAAACUGCUGAAAGUGUCAUUGCUUACUAUAAUAAAUGAAAAAAAUAUACACUUC